CUUCAGUGACUGUAAUGACAAUCUUUAAGUAGUUCCUUAAAUGAUUUAAUUAGCGAGAUGUUUCGAGGUAUUCGCUCGAUUGCCUUUUCCGCCGUUUUAAUAUUGUGUUGACAACAAGUGUUGGGUAAUUAGCAUGCCAUCAAUAAGAAUGGGCCAAUAGGUGACAACACUGUAAAUUAUAAAACAAGCAUACUGCAUAUCAACUGUUCUUGCACACAUCUCGCGACUUUCAAGCUGAGCAGUACGUGGAGAAAAAGUUGGGAAUUUUUGGUUGCUAUCCUUCAAGGUAGGCGAAGAGUUAUUCUUACCAAGUGAAGGAAACGAGUGAGACACAAAUCAUGGUAGUCUUGGACGUUGUUCUGGGUGUUCUUGGAACUCUUAUCGCGUUGGAGAACAUUGUGGUAUGUGUUUUAGUUAUUUGCUACAAAUCUCUUCGAACUUACACCAACGGCUUCAUCGUGUCACUGGCAGUAGCUGAUUUCCUCUACGGAGCCUUGAUCAUUCCCCUCUUCCUCGCUAACGCCUCUGAAGUCAUCAACAGCUACAUCUUGUCCAUGGUUCUCUUAGCCAACAUCACUACACUCAUGUCGGUAACUUUUGAUCGAUAUUUAAUCGUUUUGCAUCCGUUUGUGUACGACACGUUCAUGGCCAGAUAUUUUUUCGUAGUGGUAAUUGUGUCCUGGUUAGUGCCGAUUUCCGUAUCUUUGAUUCCAUUAUUUUAUGCAUCGAACUUUACCCAAACCGGACACAAGGUUUACGUGUAUUUUUUAGUCAUUUUGGGAGUUGUAAUCCCAUACUUUCUGAUCCUUUUGGGGUAUAUUAGGAUCUUUCAGCAUGUCGUACGCCAGGUUAAAUACCUCGCACGAUUAGAUCCCGCGAGAGAUGACGAAGGGAAGGCAAGACAAGAGGGAAAGAGAGUCACCAGCGAAGCGUACGUAGCAAGAAUAUUUGCUAUAAUCGCAGCUAUUUUUAUUGUCAGCUGGAUGCCGGUCGUCUAUAUGACCUUCGUGGGGAAUAUAGGAAGACAAGACUUGAUUCCGAAGGCGUUGCAGAUGGUCUCUUGGGUCACACUCUCUCUGGGAUCCCUCGUAAAUGCGCCGAUUUAUGCAUACGCUAAAAAGGACUUCCGUGGCGUGAUGAAAAGAAUAAUCUUCUACAAGCGGAGGAGGGUGACGCUUAGAAAUGAAGGAGACGAGCCAAACACAGCUCAAUACAUGAUAAGCAUCAAGUCUGAUACUAACUCAGAUCUCUAGCCCAAGAAAAACUGGACAAAACAUAUCGUGAAACUCGAACAUGACAAGCGAAAUUAGACCAUAUGAUUUGGGGUACAACCGUGGAUUAUUCUUGGUCGAAAUCAAGCACUGUUUCUAUGACAACUGUGCUCGCUCUGAAAACAUGUUCACAAGGAAAUCAGAAACGGUACUCGUCACUACCACGGCAGCAAUCGGCGCCUGACUCUGGGGUAGUGAAAAAUAUUAUUGUUAAAAAUACUAAGUAAAAAGGGGUCAAGGACUUGAAAGAAGGCAAUAAGGUCAGCUGAGAUAAGAAGAGUAAAAACAGGUACAAAAAAGAUUAUAGAUCAUGAUUGUUGUUGAAUAAUUGUUUUUAGUGCAGGUUAUCUCGCCAUUAUUUCCUGCCCCAGGGCGAUAGUUGCGCUUAUGGCAAAAUCGUUAAUUCAAAGAUCAUUUUAGUGGAGUUUACGAGUUUACACAUCUUUUUGGAGGUUGUUUUGGGAAUGGAAAACAACGAGACAUUAUUCACUGCAGCACGAUACGGUGUGAGCUAUACUUUAUUAUUCAAAUUUUGAUUGGAUGAGCUACUACUAGACUUCCAGCCUACUAGUAGCGAAAAGGCUCUGAAAACCCAAGACAUUAAAUUUAAUUUUUAAUUUAGUCGACUAGUUGGAUUUAACUAAAACAAUUAGAUUUGGAAUUGGAAUUUCCAAGGGGUGGGAAGGGGUCUGAAGACCAGUGAGAGAAGGACGCCAACAUGCAUGUAGGAACCUUUUAGAGACCAGUUAUGAGAAAGGGAAUGUUGAGCUCUCGCCCUCAUGGCCUACGAGUCACAAUAGGACAUUCGGGCCCGAGGAAUGAUUGCUAAAUAGUAUAAACCUACUAAUAGUCUAUCACRAAUCCUGUGCUCUGAUUGGCUGAGCUACUAGUGCUCUAUUAGUGAUAGACCACUAAGGCUCAGGUCAAACAUCGAACUUCACACGAGCCGAACUUAAUAACUUCAAAGAAGAUCGCCUUGUUAUCCAUCAAUUUGGUUUGGCUGCUCGCGUUUUCAACUUAAUUCCAACAUUUUUUGUAUCCAUUUAUUUGACCAAUAAGUGGGUUUAGGCUAAAAUAGUCAGUCCUCUCGUCCUCAUGGCCCUUCUAUGGGUCUAUGCAGAGCCCUUCAAAAGCUAGAAGCCAAAAAAUUUCCAAACUAGCACAUUUGGUUUAUACGUUAUACUAUAUACUGUUCGAUUCUAGCACUGAUUAUAAAUACGUCAAAGCACUGUUCCCUACGUAAUAACAGGCCGGUGUAGGAGUGGGGUACUAGAAUAAUAAUGUGUACUGCCUAACGAAGAACGGAGACUCGACAUUGGUACCUUUAGUGUAGUAAAAAGCUUUGGGUAUCUGUUUCUUUUGGGUACCGCAAACGCAUCCGUGGGGGGGGGUACAUUUUAUGUAGUAAAGAGCUUUGGGUAACUCUUGGGUAGACAUCCCUUUUUGGUAUCGUUUGGGUGCCUUGUGGGUGAGCAGCAAUUUUGGUACCUCGAGAAAGAUGAGCCUUUGUGGUCUCUUCUUCUUUUCGUAAAUAUGAGAACAUUCUAAUGCACUAGUCAAUUGAAGCCCCCGACCCCGGAGAAGACCGCUGUAAAGUGCGCAUCAAAUCCCCCGGUUGCGCCGCGUUAAUUCCCCGUCCUGUCCCGGGGAUCGGGAGGGGGGAGGGGGGGGGUGGUGUUGGCAAUUUCAGCUGAUUCUUUGACUAGUGCAUAUAUGUUCUCUAUAUAUCUUUAUAGUAUACCAGCUCAUCUUUAAAAACAAGCUUUGCAAAUUGUCAAUUGAUUUAUUAGAAAAAUAUCAAUGGAUGUAUUUGUGAGUGUGAUUUUUAAUGUACUCUAUUAAAGUGACCAUAAUACUUUUUCUAUACUUGAAUGAUAGCGUUUCAAAGAUCGCAGCGAUAAAUUUUCCUACCUUAAUGAAAAAAAUAAUAAUCUUAGUAUAAUCUUAAUCCCGAAAAUCGUAAUUGUAGAUCAAAUAUCUCUUAGAGUCAUGUUUAAUCUAGCAGCUCUCGCCUCCUUAGUUUAAAAUUCCACUUAAUCUUGAUUAGCGCUUACCCUUGUCGACUUUUUAUCUAUCGAUGCUACAGUCGCUCGUCUUUAACUGAUCUGAUAAAGUCGCUUGCUAAACAGGCUCGUGAUUGAUCUUGUUCUCAACCUUGUUAUUUACUAAGCCAUUGUAGUUGCGUGCGUUAGCUUGGUCUCGAGGGAAUGCAGGGGGUGGGGGGUGCGUAAGGGGGAUUUAAAUCCUCGAUAAAUUCCAUUCCCAUCACGACUAAUUAACGCUAGAUCAAAGAUCUUUAGACAAAUUGCCGCACUUAUAAAAAAAAUCAAAGGUCAACGAAAUUGUCCAAUGAGAUUGACGGCGUGAUAUUUGCCUUCGUUGUACAGAAUAACAUCAUUCGUGGACGCCCCAGAAAAUUUGUUGUUUUUAAUGAAAAAUGAAAAACUUGAUGGUAGAAAAUAGGAGGAUCGUAGGGACAGUUAUCAGGAGGUCGAAAAAUAUUUAAAAAAUAGGAGAAGUAUGAAAGCUUUAUAAAGAAAUCAUAUCUUGUUAUUAGUGUUAUGUUACAUUUUAUCAAGAAGAAUAAAACCUGAAUGUAAA